CUCCCAUCAAGUGAACAUAAGAUCAUGGAUGUUCCCCCACUGGUACUACUCCUCUGCCUUCACACUUUGCUUCUCCUCCUCCACCAUACCAAUUGCAAAACCUUAAACACAAUCAGCCAGACCAUUCCUCUUCAUGACGGCGAUGUUUUGUUAUCUGAGAACAAAAACUUUGCGCUUGGGUUCUUCAGUCCCGGAAAUUCUACCCGCCGCUUCAUUGGGACUUGGUACAACAAGGUUAGUGAACCCACAGUUUUCUGGGUGGCUAACAGAGACAGGCCAAUCAAUGACACCUCUGGCGUACUCUCGAUCAACUCCCAUGGAGACCUUGUCCUCCACUGUUGCAACAAUGGAAGCUCAACCAUCUGGUCGACAAACGUUUCGACCACAAGUUCAGACAAUGCCACCACUGCCCAGCUACGAGACACUGGCAACCUCAAUUUGCUCCAAAGGCUAGGCAAUCGUGUCAUGUGGCAGAGCUUUGAUCAUCCAUCAGAUACCCUUAUGCCUUUCAUGAAACUUGGGCAGGAUCCAAUAACCGGCAUGGAUUGGGUCCUGACUUCCUGGAGGUCUGAGGAUGACCCAGGAUCGGGGAAUUUCACUUUCAGGAUCGACUUCAUGGGUUACCCACAACUAUUUCUCUACAAAAAUGGGGCCCCGCGUUGGCGGGGAGGGCCAUGGACGGGGCUGCGGUGGAGUGGCAUGCCCCGGAUGACCAAUAAUUACAUAGUUGACAUCAGCUUUGAGAAUAACCAGAAAGAGUUCUCCAUUUUGUAUGGGUUAAGGAACACGUCGACUAUCUCAAGGAUGGUGGUAGAAUCCUCGGGCAUGAUCUGUCGGUUCAUUUGGCAUGCCGGGGAUGGCCAGUGGAAUGAGUUAUGGACAGCUCCUGUGCACGAAUGCGACUACUACAAGGCUUGUGGGCCUAACAGCAACUGCAACCCAUAUAAUGCAGACCAGUUCAUAUGUACUUGCCUCCCUGGGUUUGAGCCCCAGACACCAGCAGAUUGGCUCCUCAGGGAUGGCUCUGGUGGAUGCAUAAGGUCCCUUGGGGCCUCUACAUGCCAGAGCGGGGAAGGAUUUGUCAAGGUGGCCCUUGUGAAGGUCCCCGACACUUCCCGGGCCUAUGUCAACAUGAGCAUGAGCCUGAAAGAGUGCGAGAGGGAGUGCUUGAAGAACUGUUCCUGCACAGCCUACGCAAGUGCUGAUGAGAGACAGGGAGGCACUGGGUGCUUGGCAUGGUACGGUGAUCUGCUGGAUAUAAGGACAUUUUCUAAUACCGGACAGGAAUUAUAUGUGCGGGUUGAUGCGGCCAUUUUAGCUCGUUUGACGAAGAAGGAUCGAUCUCCUAGGAAGUGGUUAAUAGGGGUAACCUUAUUAGCUAGUGUGAUUCUGGCAUUCCUGGUCGUCUUGUUUAUGAUGAAGAAAAGGCACUGGAGAACAAAGCCUUCUGCUACCCCAAGUGCUGCACAUUUUGGGGAUGAUGAAUCUCGGAAUAUGCAGGACAUCGAAUAUGACAGCAGAACCUCCGAUUUGCCAUUCUUUGAUCUAAGUACCAUAGCCACUGCCACAAACAAUUUUUCUUUCAUCAACAAGCUGGGGAAAGGUGGAUUCGGUUCCGUUUAUAAGGGAGUACUAGAUAACGGAAUGGAAAUAGCGGUUAAGAGAUUGUCUAAAUCUUCGGGACAAGGAACCAAAGAGUUUAAGAACGAGGUCACAUUGAUUGCUAAGCUGCAGCACAGGAAUCUUGUGAAAAUCCUAGGCUGCUGUAUCCAAGGAGACGAGAAAAUGUUGAUUUAUGAAUACCUCCCAAAUAAAAGCUUGGACUCAUUUCUUUUCAAUGAAGAGAAGAAGUCUCUACUCGACUGGAGAAAACGCUUUGAAAUUGCUAUGGGCAUAGCUAGAGGGAUCUUGUACUUACACCAGGAUUCGAGGUUGAGAAUCAUCCACCGGGAUCUAAAAGCGAGCAACGUGUUGCUCGAUGCUUCCAUGAAUCCGAAAAUCUCUGAUUUUGGCAUGGCUAGGAUAUGCGGAGGGGAUCAGGUUGAAGGAAAUACCAGACGAGUUGUAGGGACCUAUGGUUACAUGUCACCAGAGUAUGCGAUGGAGGGGCUGUUUUCGAUCAAAUCUGAUGUUUACAGUUUUGGAGUUUUGUUGUUGGAGAUCAUUUCCGGAAAAAGAAACAGCAGCUUUUACCAGGAGAAUUCUACUUCCAACAUAAUUGGCCAUGUAUGGGAGUUGUGGAAUGAAGAAUCGUGCUUGGACAUUGUUGACCCAUCAAUGGACAUCAUGUAUCCCGAGCAUGAAGUCCUGAGAUGCAUCCAGAUCAGUUUGUUGUGUGUGCAAGAAUUCCCAAUGGAUAGGCCAACCAUGUCCACGGUUGUGUUCAUGCUGGGGAACAGCACGAGGCUUCCUUCACCGAAGCAGCCCGCUUUUGCUUUCAAGAGGACACAGGGCAGAGCUGACGCCUCUUCUUCUGGUGAAAGGACCAACUCAAUAAAUGACAUGUCCCUUACUGUUGUCGAAGCUCGUUGAGGUGCAGUUUUCUACUAGGAUUGGUACAUGAAUAAAAUGUAUUAGCUUUGAUGGACCUAUUGUGAAGAGUGUUGUGUUGUUGUUUCCUUUUUUCUUUUUACUUUUUUUCUUUUUCAUCAUAAAGGGGCUAAUAAGUUCCACCAGCAAGGAAUGAACCCUGAACCUCUUGAUUCUGAGUCAACUCCUUGUGCCAUUACACUUAAAGCGCGUGUUCAGCGUAUAAGAAGUUUGAACAAUACAAAACAUAUCAUGUUUAAACGAUAUGAUAUGCUAAGAAGUUGAGCUGGGCCUAAAAGUUGGUGGUGUCUGUUCUCUUACGAACAAAAAAUGAAAUAUUUCUCACUUAUGAAA